AUGACUACCAACCACCGCCCAACGUUGGAGUCCAAGCGAGGGAAAGUCAACAGUAUUACCGAUACAAUCUCACAUUCGAGAGCUUUACCUCAGCAAACGACAUUGAAAUACAGAGAAGAUGGGAGUAAAGUAGAGCACAAGAAAGGAAAGCGAGCUCUCGAAGAGUUGAAGACCGAAUUGUUGAUUAGAGAGGGUCGAUUGCCAGAACUUUCUGAAAAUGAUCACAUUUCAAAGAGAAUAAAGCUAAAGGAAAAUCAUGAAAACUUACAAAUUAAAGAAACUGAAGAAGGAAACAAUGACAUUGGGAUAGAUGAUGACAACGAAGAUAAAAUUGACAACAAAAGUGACGAAGAUGGCGACGUAAGCAAUGAUAAUGAAGGUGACGAUAUUGAUAGUUACAGCGGGCUGGAAGAUUCUGAAUCAGAUGACGAAGGUGAUUCGGAGGAUGAGACAGAACUUCUUCUUGCGGAGUUAGCCAAGAUUCGACAGGAAAGACAAGAGGAGAAGGAAAGAGUCGAAGAACAAGCGAAGAUAGACAGAGCAUUACUGUCGAAUCCAUUGGUGUCAGUAAAAAGCGAAGACAAAGACAAAAUAGAAGAAGCGCCGAAAAAGAAAAGCUGGAGACUGACUACUACCUUCAGCAAUAGACCCAACAAAGUUUCGGAACAGGAUACAUAUACAAACGAUACACUUAGAUCUAAGCACCACCAAAACUUCCUUAACAAAUUCGUUAGAUAG